AUGGAGACUAGGAAGAGAAAACCCUUAUCAGACCUAACAAAUUCCUUCAAUUUAAUCUCUACCUCCACUCUCCGCAAGCUUGCCUCCUCAAAAACCCCAUAUUCAAUUCUGAAAUCAAAUCCAAGUUCUAAAACUGAGAAGUUAUGUUCCGAUUCCGACACCAGGUCCGGUACCAGUAUCGGAUCAUCCAAUGUUAGUGCCGCCCGGAAUUCGCAUACUGUUCAAUUUUCGACAGACCCUUGUCGUCCACUCUCGUCAAUUGCCUCAUCUGGGGAUGGGAAAACUAAGAAUGGAGCAUCCAGUCGAAGACAGACAACAUAUGUACCUCAGAAAAAAAGAGAGGUUGUUGCUGCAACCCUUAGCUUCACUCCUCUUUUAAAGAUGAAGGAUAAAGGAAAGGCAAUUACUGUACCAUCCUAUUGCCCACCUCCUGAGAAAACAGAGGACUAUGGGAACCCAAUUCGUGGUUCUUGUAGUUCACUGGAGAAAGAAAUGGAAAAGGUGAAAGGAAAUCUCAGUCCUAAUGGAUAUACUGAUAAAGUGGAAGUGCGGAAGGAAAUUCCCAGUCAUUCUAGCUGUUCAUUAGAAAACGGAGAGAAAGGGAAGACAAUUCUCAAUACUUCUGGCUGCUCAAUUGAGAAAACAAAAGAGCUGAGGAUGGGAAUCCUUAAUCCUUCUAACUGCUCAUAUGACAGAAGAAAGGAAAGAGGGGUCGUGACCUGUAGGCAUAACUCCUCACUCUAUAAAACAAAAGAGAUUGGGAAGACAAUCCUCAAUCCUUCUAGCUCAUCAGUUGAGAAAACAAAGGAUAAAGGGAAGGCUGUUCUCAAUGCUUCUGGCUGCUCAAUAGAGAAAACAAAAGGGUUGAUCCUUAAUCCAUUUAGCAGUUCAUAUGAGGAAAGAAAGGAAAGAGGGGUUGUGAUCCAUAGUCCUUCUGGCUCCUCACUUGAGAAAACAAAAGAGAUCCGGAAGACAAUCCUCUAUCCUUCCAUCUGGGCUGAGAAAACAAACGAUAAAGGGAAGACUGUUCUCAAUCCUUUUGGCUGCUCAAUUGAGAAAACAGAGGAAAAAGGGAAGUCCAUUCUCAAUCCUUUUGGCUCCUCACUUGAGGCGACAAAGAAGAGAGGGAAGGCGAUUCUCAUUCCUAGCUCAGUUGAAAAAAUAAAAGAUAAAGGGGCAUCUGCUACUGAGCCGGUUAAUUACACUUCUUGGAGGAGAAAAAGUGGAAAGAGGACUAUAGAUAUUGCGGCUUCUAGUUGCCCUCCUUUACUGAAGACCAAGAAUGGUUUUAAUGAAUCUCAAGAAGUUAAACCAUCGAAGUCAUGGACUGAUCUUCAUGAUAAGCUUAAAAAGAAGAGGUGCAUGCAGCAGAAAGGUGCUAAUGAGUUUUGCUUGCCACCAGAUUUUAUUGAAAAGCAGAGAGCAUAUUUUGAAGAAGUUGACAAGUUUGAAUUGCCAGUAGAGGAAGUAUAA